UGUAUCUCGCUAUGUCAAGUAACCCUGUAAAACACUCGUCUGCAGAUUAGAGGAUGCCGAAUGUUGAGAUUAUUUAAGCUCAUAUAUUUUUGUAAAUACUGUAAAGAACUGAACCAUUUUGGACUGAUAUUCCAUUCAUAGAUUCGGCGUUAUUUCAGCCAUGGAAAAUACAACUAUGAAAAAUACAACUUUGAAUGGUGAACUUUACCACACGGGACAAGUCAUAGAAUUCUGGCUGCGCGCGAAAAACAAUUCUACAUUUUGGAUACUUGAUGGUCCUCUAAAUGCAAUUAUUUGCAUAACAGUGAUAGUAUUAAAUGUUUUAUUUCUAAUUGUUUUACAGAGGAAGGAAAUGCGAUCUGUGACGUCAUUUGUGUUGUCGGCGAUCGCUGUAGCUGAUUUAUUACGUGCCCUGAUUUCUGUACCAGUGUCUCUGUAUAUUUGUGUUCCCUAUUUCAAAAGCUACACGCCUUACCACUGGUGUGUUUAUUUAAAGAUGCCAUUUUUCACAGUUACCCGGAUGUUGAAUACGUCGUCAGUGUGGUUAACGCUAUAUCUGGGUGUCCUUCGCUACAUUUCAGUUUGCCAUCCAAUGAAAGCUAAACUUUGGUGUCGCUAUAAGAUUGUUAUUCGAGUUGUUACUAUUAUUUUUGUUAUUUCUCUUGUUUUGUUUGUAACUGAUUUUUUUAUGACGAAAAUCACCCCUGUGGUGUCGUGGAACGAUGAAGAGAAGGGGAAUGUUUCGUUAUGUUUGGCAGAUCUGAUGGACAUGUGGCACAAUUAUUUUUAUACACAAAUUAUCCUCAAAAUUAUUUUUGUUCAAAUUAUUCCAUGUGUUGGAUUGUUGUUGAUUACGUGUAAAUUGGUUUAUACCAUCAAGUCCGCAGCAAAGUCGAGAGAAGCCAUGAGUCAACAAUUUAGUAGUCGGAAAAAUGAAUCACGCCAAUCAACUCUAUUGUUAAUUGUCAUAUUGAUAGCAUUUCUCAUAUUUGAAAUACCACAUACUAUAUUUCAAGUGUUCACGCUCCUUACUAUCUAUGAAACGUCACACUUGUUCGAUUUCCUGUUGAGUUACCUAAACAUUUUCGAUACAAUAUUAAUCCAGAUUUUAUUUAUUACCAGUACUUUUAAUUUCUGUAUUUACUGUACCAUGGGGACAAAAUUUCGGUUGACACUGAGAAAAAUCUUGUUUUUCAAUAAAAAGUAAUCUGGGAAAAGGUGUAUUUCUUAGACGCGUAAAGAUAUGUUUCCGACACUGGAGAUUAUAUUACAACAUGGAUUGUGAAAAAAAGGCUUGACUCCGUCUCGAAUAACCCUGUCAAAACGAACUGUCCGCAAAAACAUAAGGAAACACGACUAGUGAGACCCCGUUUGGUUUUAGAACCAUGGAAUAAAAUUAUAAACAUUAGGUGUCCUACCAGUAAUCUCCGGACCAUAUUUAAAGCCAAAGCGAGCUCAAUACAGUGAACUAUUUUUAUGUUUAGGGCCAAAUUUAUCCUAAUUUGUAGCUCUGAAAUGGCUACGAUAUAUGGCAUCGUUAGUCAAAUAAUAUUGUUGAUUAAACCAAAAACUGUCUGCAAAAACAGGAGAGCAGAGAAUAGAAAAGAACGAUGUGAUCAGACCCCAUAUGACGCUAGCACCAUGGAGUACAAAUAUAAACAUUGGGUGUCCUGUCUGUAAUUUCUGGACCAUAUUUAAAGAUACAUUAUGAGAGAGCUAAAUCUGCCUAUCACAGGUCUUCUACAGGCUUCAAAUGUUAUAUAAAUUAAUAUUAAGACGUUUAUUCACAUGACAAGUCCAUAAUCAACUCCCAAGUCCAUCUGGUGUCUUCGAUAUUUAAUGGAUUAGAACCCUUUCACCUUUUGAAAUUUAAUGAUAAAAUUGAUAAUCUAAACUAUGUUUAUUAUGAUAACAAUGGUACUCGACUAUCAGGUCUUUCUUGUUAACACUUCAAACACUUAUAACUUUGACUGAAAUUCUCAAUAUUUUCAUUUCUCGUUAUCUAUUUUUGAACUGGUAUAGCAAGAACGACUGGCUCUUGAUAUUAAAGGAGCUAAAUCGCUAGAAAUGGACACAAAUGGGUCGCAACGCAUAUAAUAAUGUAAUAUGAAUGUAUAUAAACUGAUUUACAUUAAAUUGUUUCUGUUUUUACUGUAAUUUCUAGUCAAUUAUGUUCGGUGAAUAGUCUGAAUUGGAUGGCAGUCUUUGGCGUCUGGUUAUUCCAUCUACACCGAUAGUAUUCUCCUACAUUGGAUAUGUUCAGCCUCUAUCAUCGAGUCGCUUCAUACAACUGACACUCGAAAACAUUCUGGGACACGAUUCGUGUACCAAUUUUAAAAAAAAUGUUUUUCUUAAAUAUUGGAUAUCAGAAGCCCAACUUUUCACAGUAAGAUAACAACAUAAAGAACGUGCGGGUUGGGCAUCAUUUCGUAUUCUCACAGGGACGACCCCACAGCCCCCUUGGCUGAGAGGCAGGGAAACACC